AUGGGGGGUCAGUUGCUAAUUGUUGUGGGAAGGGACCCUAAUGACCAGUAUUUUCCUUUAGCAUUUGGUGUAGUUGUAACAGAAACAAAGGAGACAUGGAGAUGGUUUAUUGACCUGUUGAUGGGAGACAUUGGGCUGGAAAAGAGAUAUGUUUUAUUAUCUGAUCAACAAAAGGGCCUAGUUUUUGUUUUUGAAGAGAUGAAUGAAAGGGUAGAACAUAGGCUGUGCUUGAGGCAUCUGUAUGCAAAUUUCAAAAACAUAUUUGGUUGGGGAGCUUUGAUUAGAGACUUGAUGAUGGGGGCUGCAAAAGCAACAUACUACCAAGGAUGGUUGACCAAGAUGAAUGAACUGAAGGAAGUUGACAAGAAGGCACGUAGUUGGCUUAUGGAAGUUCCUCCCAAAAGUUGGUGUAAGCAUGCUUUCAGCUUUUAUCCAAAGUGUGAUGUUAUUAUGAAUAACAUUUUUGAGUCAUUCAAUGCAACAAUAUUAGCUGCUAGGGAUAAACCAAUUUUGACCAUGUCAGAAUGGAUUAAGAAAUAUUUAAUGAAUAGGUGCUCUACUUCUGUAUUGAAAUUGGAAAAAUGGCCACACAAGGUGAUGCCCAUUCCUAGGAAAAGAUUGGACCACAGGGUUAUUAUGAGUGGCCAAUGGCAUGUUGUAGCAACAUUAGGUUUUAGACAACAAACUCCUGAGGACUUUGUUGAUGACUGUUAUUCUAGAGAAAAAUAUAAAUUGUGUUAUGGGUUUGCUGUCAGUCCAAUUAAUGGACAUGAUAUGUGGCCUGAGUCUUGUAAGAGUACUACUCAGGAUCCAAAUGGUCUCAAAAGAAAGAAAAAGGUCAAGACACAACCAACUCAAAGCGAUGGAGAUGUUACUACUCAAACUGAUGGAAAUGAAAAUGGUGCAAGUCAAACUGAUGUUGUUCAAACUGGUGCAAGUCAAACUGAUGUUGUUCAAACUAGUGCAACUGCUGCAAGUCAAGGUGAUACCGCUCAAGGUGUUGCAACUCAGGCAGAUGCUUCUCAAGUCAUUCUCUUCACGGGAAAACCGACAUGCAAUUGGAUGCUCGUGUAG